AUGGUUGCAGCCCUGGCUAGACUUGCUGAACGUCAUGGAGGUAGUCCCGGUAAAAUGAUAGGCCUCGUGCACUACGGCCUUAAUAAGCUACCGAAGGAGCCGACCUCGCAAGCGGAUGCCGCUGAGGUCCUCGCUGAGUUCCAGAGAUUGGUCAAUGGCAGGGGUUGGGAUUGGUACCGAGAGGCACAGCUGACCCCUCGUAACAUUACUACGAUGCUUUGGUGUGCCCAGAAGGUUAAUGAUAGAGCUCUCGGGGGCUGGUGGGAACGGGAGAUACCCCAGGCCGUGGCUGCUGGGGUGCUCGACUUGAGUACCUUCAACGUAUUCGACUUGGUCAAUUUAUCGUAUACCCUAGUUGCCUGUGACACGGAGGCAUCUACUGAGGCCAUCAGGCUAGCCCUUACCAGGCUUCGAAGCUUCGACUCGGAUCUAUUGCGGAAGGAGCUCCUCGAGUAG